GCUUGUGAGCCAAUGAGAGCGUCGGGCGGACAAUCGGGUCUCUGUCUAUAAAAGGGUGAGGCGUCGGCGUUGGAGUACAGUUUCCUGGCUGCGAACGUCCAUCUGUCUGCGUUUUCGUGAUGUCCGGCCGUGGCAAGCAAGGAGGCAAGGCCCGCGCCAAGGCCAAGUCGCGGUCGUCCCGCGCCGGGCUGCAGUUCCCGGUGGGGCGCGUGCACCGGCUGCUGCGCAAGGGCAACUACGCGGAGCGCGUGGGCGCCGGCGCGCCGGUGUACAUGGCGGCCGUGCUGGAGUACCUGACGGCCGAGAUCCUGGAGCUGGCGGGCAACGCGGCCCGCGACAACAAGAAGACCCGCAUCAUCCCGCGCCACCUGCAGCUGGCCAUCCGCAACGACGAGGAGCUCAACAAGCUGUUGGGCAAAGUGACGAUCGCGCAGGGCGGCGUCCUGCCCAACAUCCAGGCCGUGCUGCUGCCCAAGAAGACGGAGAGCCACCAUAAGGCGAAGGGCAAGUGAGGCUGCUGCUCGCGCCAGCCCGAGUCUCCGGGAUACCCCCCCCCCCCCCAGCAAACCCACAAAAAGGCUCUUUUCAGAGCCACCCACCGAAUCAGAUAAAGAGUUGUGUCACAGCCGGUCGUGUGGCCUUUCCGGCCCAGCCCCAAGAGUAAGA